UAUAUAAUGGGUUUAUGCCACUCAAAUUCUAAAUUUCAAGGAUAAAUCCACUUCGAAAUGACUCAUGCUGAUUACUAAAAUGGAUAUUAUAAUGGUGCAGUUCUAAUUGGUAAUCCUAAUUUAGAGAACACUUAAUACGUAUAUGUUAAUCUGAUUGGGAUUGAAUAAAUUACUACAAAAGGAUUCACAGUUACCAAUUAAUUUCUUGAUGUCAACCUUAUAAAAUUGAAAUUAAAUGGUGAACCUUAACUUCAUAUCCCUUUUGAAAAACAAAUAGAUUGGUAACCUAUUUAUCAGAAUUACUAUUCCAUUAUUUCUGAUUAAACACUCUCAACAAUCAUCUAUCUAGAAUGCUACUUAGCUGUAAUUAUUAAUAUUAAUAAAAGAAAAGUUCUUCAGCAUCUUCAUUAAGUAAUAGCGUUGUUCCUAAUACUCGAUAAAUUUAUGUUGUUAAAACAAAAAAGGAUAGAUAUGAUACAAAAGCCAUUUCUCUCAUUUAUGAACCUAAAUUUGCAGGUUUUGCACCUAUUAUUUAGUUCAAGUUUUUAUUAUUAAUAAUUUUUAUAGUUUAGAAAAGGAUGUGUAUCGAAUUGGUGAACAUCUAAAAGGAAAAUUAAUUAUAGAUAACACAAAAUCUCAAUAUGUUUUAGUCAAAAAUCAAAUAACAAUUCUUUAAAUUAUUGAUUUACUAUUAAAGAAUGAUACCAAAUAUAAAAGAGUAAAUUUAUUUAUAAUUAAUAGUUACUUCCUUAAUCAAUGAUUUAAUAAAGAUUAGAUAAUAUGCAUAGUGAAAAAAGAAUCAUAGAUAUUGAUAUAAGUAUCACUUAAUCCUUUAAGGAUGUUUGUUCUUAUCCAGGAAAAUUAUAUAAGGUUAAUUAUGUAGUUCAAUUGGAAUUCAUGUGGGAAGAUCAAAAAACUUAUACAAUGUCCAGUGAUAUCACAAUUAUUAAUGAAAAUGAUUGA